AGGGUGAGAGCCCUGGGGAUAUGGUUGAUGCUGGGGACACAGGUUGGUGCUGGGGACAUGGGUGGUGGCCAUGGGUUGAGAGCACAGGGGACAGGGGUUGGUGCUGGGGACACUGAUGGUGGCCACGAGGUGAGAGCGUUGGGGACACGGGCUGGUGCUGGGGACGCAGGUGGUGGCCAUGGGGUAUGAAGGUUGGGGACAUGGUUUAUUGCUGGGGACACUGAUGGUGGCCACGAGGUGAGAGUGUUGGGGACAUGGGUUGGUGCUGGGGACACAGGUGGUGGCCAUGAGGUAAGAAGGUUGGGGACAUGGUUUAUUGCUGGGGACAAUGAUGUUGGCCAUGAGGUGAGAGCGUUGGGGACAUGGGUUGGUGCUGGGGACACGGGUUGGUGCUGAGGACACUGGUGGUGGCCCCAGGGUGAGUGUUGGGGACGAGGGUUGGAAUGGGAUGAUGUCCCCAGGACAUGCUCUGGAGACCUGGCCAGUAACUGGGGGUGCCGUGGCCAUGUGGCCUCUACCCUGACGUGAGGCCGCGGGGUGGUGGCAGCGGCCGGUGACCAUUUCCUGUCACUAAUCACCGCUAAUUGGCUUUGCCCUGCCUGGGUCCAGGGAGCCCACGGCGGGGGGGGAGGCCAGGGGGGGUACGUCGGGGCGUAAGAGGAUUGUCCUGGUCCUUCUUAAGGCUUGGCCACCUCGGGGUCCUGCUCCCUGCCCGCUUGCCACCCGCCCCCAGCCCCAUGCCACGCUCGCGGGGGGACAAGGGGACCCCAAAGGACACGGAGACCCCGGGGAAGGGGAAAGGUGGGGGGGAGGUGGGCGAGAAAACCCCCAAAACCCCCGAGGAAGGUGGCCCCCCGGCCACCAAGAGCCCUGGCUCUGAGUCCCGGCACGGUGGCCACGGGCAGAAGAACAGCAAGAAGGGACUUGGGGACCCCCACGCCGCUGCCACCAAGACCUACUCCCCCUUCCUCAACACCGUCUUCGGCAAGGAGCGGGAGCUGUCACCAGAGGAGCUGGACGAGCUGCUGGACGCCUUCAAGGAGUUCGACACGGACCAGGACGGGUACAUCAGCUACAAGGACCUGGGCGCCUGCAUGCGCACCCUGGGGUACAUGCCCACCGAGAUGGAGCUCAUCGAGAUCUCCCAGCACAUCAAGAUGAGGAUGGGCGGCCGCGUGGACUUUGAGGACUUCGUGCAGAUGAUGGGACCGAAGUUGCGAGAGGAGACGGCCCACAUGGUGGGCGUGAGGGAGCUCAAGAUCGCCUUCCGUGAGUUCGACAUGAACGGGGACGGGGAGAUCAGCAGCGGGGAGAUGCGGGAGGCCAUCGCCGCGCUGCUGGGGGAGCAGCUGAAGGCCCAGGAGGUGGACGAGAUCCUGCAGGACGUGGACCUCAACGGGGACGGGCGUGUGGACUUCGACGAGUUCGUUAUGAUGUUGUCAUCCCGGUAACAACGCUUCAGGGCAGGUGGGGACCCCCCCAUCACAGCGGGGGGACCCCCCC